CUAUGAUGGUUCAAAUAUAACAGCUCCCCUGCUAGGACACUUUGAUGGACAAAACUAUCAUAAUGGUCGUUUACCUCCAAAUUAUAUUAGAUCAUCUGGAAAUAUUAUGUACAUAGCACGCACUGCACAAAGUUAUUAUUCUCAAGGUUUUGCCGUUUCUUAUACAUCACACGGUGAGUACAAAAAUCAUUUUGUUCAAUAACUAGGAUAUUGGGUCUUUAAGCUAAUUUUCUUUUUUAAGUCUACGAGAAAAGGUUUUAAUAAGAAUAUAAGUUAUAGAUUUAUGUUUGAUACAUAGUAUUACAUGUUUGUUAAUCUCGAAAUAAAAGAUUUUGUUCUACUUUUUUGUAAUUUUUCAAUAGAAUGCAAAGAUUUUUUUUAUGACACCAACUGUUCAACUCCAUGCAACUGUAACAAGAGUAACACAGAUUACUGUAACAGUACUACGGGUCAGUGCAUAUGUAAACCACAUUGGACAUCUCCUGAUUGUACAGUAGACAAAAAUGAAUGUCUGGUAGAUCCACUGGCAUGUCCCAACUAUUCGGACUGUACAAAUCUCCAACCAGGCUACCAGUGUGACUGUAAGACAGGACUAGAAAAAAAUGCUACAGGAC